AUGUCGGCCAAAGUGACCAGUCAACGAUUACCGGUCGAAAAAUGGACACGACCUGAACUUGAAGACCGAUUCCAUUCAACGUACAGUCGGAAUCUGCAGUUGGGUCAGAAAAAUGUGGCGCUUGAAAAGGAGCUCAAAAUGUGGGUUUUUGAAUACUUUUUGGUAUUAGGCUGUUCAAAUAAUUCUGUUCCACCGAACUCCGAAAAAAUUUUGUUGAGAGGGAGCACAGAAUUAUUUGAACAACCUACUAUUAUAUUUAAAAAUGAACAAUUUUUAAUUUUAAUUUUAAAAAAAAUUAUUUGAAAAUAUUAGGAAAACUUGUGUUAUAUAAAGACUCAAUAUCAAAAGGCAAUGUGCAAUGUGACUUUUACUUUAAAUUUCUUAUUCUAGACUGAAUGGCAGGCUUCGAAAGACGGUGAUGAACAAGGAAAACGUAGCAGAUGACUACACGAAGGAACUGGAACGAAAGAACAAGCUUUUAACUGAAAAAGUAGGAUUCUUUAACCUUAUAUUAAACCCAUUUUGUCUAAAUUUUUAGUUACAAUCUCUAAAACAUCAACUGUUAGUUUACACUCGGCCAUCAGCUCAAACAGCUACUGUGAACGCUUUAACGUCGAGAGUUACACAACGACCUCGAACUGCGAAUACCGGUGGACUGACGGAGAAGAAUGCUCAGAAUCAAGAAAAUGUGGAGACGAAUCGGCCACAUACUACUACGGUGACUUACGCUCAAGAUAGGAACGUGGGCAAUAGUGAACAUGCCGUACUGUAAGAUCUUUUUACUGUCAUUUUUAUGUUGAAAGAUAAUUUCGAUAUUUUAUAUGUGAAAAGAUGAUAAAUUUAAGAUUGGUGGUCACCAUGGUGAAAAAUUAUUGAACAUAAGAUGUUUUAGGUUACAAGGCAUUGGAGAGAAGACAUUGAUAAUCAAGCUGAACAAAGAGCUUCGAGAAGAACGAGAACGUUUAGAAGUGGCACGAUAUGAUGUAGACAAUAAGAAAAAAGGUCAGAAACUUUUUUUUAAUUGAAUGAAAACUUAAUUCUAAGUAGUUUUUGACAAUGGACAAUUUAAAAACAUAUUUCCAGCAGCUAGAAAAGCUGAAGAACAUAAAUCAGUCGUUGAACAACGAGGUCGAGCAGUCCAGGCAAACAAUCAAAGCUUUGGAGCAAUCAGCUUCUAGAUUCAGAUCUGAUGCUCAAAAGUACUCGGAAUCUAAUCAAACGUCGAGUCAGGUGGUGAAACAAGAGUUGAAACAGCUGAAGGAUGAGUUGGAGAGCCUUAAACAGACCAACAAACAGCUUAUUGACCGGUAAGUGAAUGUGAAAGAAGGUUAUCUUAACGUAGAUAUACAUAGAGUAGGAUAAAGUAGGGUAUGGUAGGGUAGAGUAGAAUAAAGAAACGCUGGUUUAGAGUAAUUUUACGUUACAUUAACGUCUUGUUUUCUGUACUGUAACGUAAAUAAUUACUAUAAAGAACUUUCUUGCAGUGCUUUAAGUUCAAAUGUGGCAGUAACUGAUAGCAGUAUCAUUGAACUUAAGACCCAAAUUGAACAACUCAAUUCGAUUAUUCAAAAACUGGAAAACGACAAGAUUAUUUUGAAGAAAAACUACAGUAAUCUUGAAAAAGAUUAUAAGAACCUACAAAAACAGUCGAGAAGAGUGCAGAAUCAACAGCCAGUCGAGAGUUUUAUACCUAAACAUGUGGAGAUUGAAAAGAAAGACAAAAGUAAUGUGUUGGAUAAGUUAUACGAUGAUGUGGUUAAUAUUGUUGAUAGUCAUUUGACAGUUAAUGGUAUUGAGAGUAAUUACGAGAGGAAUGAAAAGUAAGUAGUGUAUAUAUAGUGUUAGCAACUGUUAUAAUAUAGUAUAUCCAUGCUUUAUGGAGUAGUUCAGUCAAAUAUUGUUAUCAUGUAACUAUAAAUGACAUCUUUUUAAGAAAAAUAUUGUUUUAGACAGCUUUAUAACCCCUUUUUUGUAUUUUAAAGUUUUUCAAAUUUAAAAUAAGGUUUUUAAAAUAUAAAAACUAUUGAUUUAUAUAAAUAUUAGUUCAAAAUAUAAUGGUUAAUGUUACAGAUGGCAACAACUCUACACGGAAAUGUACGCCGAACUCGAGAAAACACGAAAAAUGGUGGCUAGCGAGUACGAAAUCAACAAGGAUUUGGGUAUUGAGGCAAGUUUAAAAUCUAAAACAUAAUAUGACUAGUACUGGGACAGACAUUUUUCUUGAGGAGGGGUUCAAAAUAUAUUUAAUCUUUUUGAUUUUUCAAAUUUUUAUGGUCUUUUAAAUUUAUGACUGUAUAAAGAAUUGUAAAAGAAUUUUUAUGCUAAUUCUAAGCUUCUCACCUUUAUUCUUGUUUACUCCAGCCUUUACUGUACUCCCGCCUCACAGCUCAACUUUUCAUGUCAAGACAGCUACUUUAAUAUAAUAUUUCAAAAAAAAUAAUAUUAAUUAAUAUCUUUAGAACACAAGAUUGAACACAGACUUUGAAACAUUAAAACUACAGCAUCAAAAAGAAGUUGAUACGAUGAUCAAAACGAUUACUGAGUUACAACUACAAGUUCAAUUGCUUGAGAACCAGUUGAGAAGCGUAGCCGGAGGUGAUUCUUUUACGUUCAAAGGUGUUGAAGUAAGUUUAGAAGCCUCUGUCUAUUGUAUAAUAUUGAUAUUUGUUUAUGGAAGGCGUUUCUAAACACUUUUUGACCGAGUCCAAAAAAUUUUGAUUUGAAUUUUAAAUUUAUUUUGCAAAAUGCAGGUUAAUCAAGUGAUAAUUUACGUUUUACAGAACUUGGCGUCACUAAAUCAACCAGAAAUGACAUUUGACAUAAACAGAGUUAAAGUAAUCAAUGAAAAGAUUGUUGAUCUGAUGUGUCCAAAAUCGCCGCGAUACUUUAUUUGCGUUGAAUUUUAUGAUUUUGAAAUUGCGACGACACAAAUAUUUAAUGGUAACAAUUCUACAGUAAGCUUUUCAACAACAUAUGAAUUUGUGGUAUCUGAGCUGUUCAUUCAUUACAUUGCUACGGUAUGUUUAUUAUUUUAUUUCAUUAUUUAUGAUUAAGUGGAGUAGUAUAAGGUAUGGUAGGAAAAGUAGGAUAAAGUAAUGUAGGGUAGGAUAGGGUAGCGUAAGGUAGAGUACGGUAAAGUAGGGUAGUUUAGUGUAAGAUAGGGUAAGCAGGAUAUGACGUUGUAGGGUAGAAAAGAAAGUUUUUUAUAUGAUAAUAUAAGCUUUGUUUCAGGACGGAAUAAACUUAGAACUAUACGAAACAAGUGGAACAUCGUAUAAAAAGGUUGGAGAUGCCAGGAUAUCAUUGAAAGAAUUACUAGGAUCGAAAAAGCAACAUGCUAUCAAAGGAAAUGCAGAGCUUUUAGAUAACAAAAGUAGUGUUAUUGGUUACUUGGAUUAUUACGUCAAACUACCAGAAAGUUUGGUCGAUGCCUUGAAGGCACAAAAUGUAAGUUUUCAUUACAUAUGGACCAUAUCCACCUACGUUGCCCCACUUUUUUUACCCUACCUUACCCUACUCUACCCUACCCUUCCUUACUUUACCCUAACCUGUCCUACCCUAACCUACCUUAUCUUACCUUCUCCUACCUUAGAUAUUUUCCUAUUUUUAGCGUCGUAUGCUAGCCAACACAAUGAUACCAAUAGAUGAAAGCGAAGCCGAAGAUAUGAAUCGUCUUGUUGUUCAUGUUCAAAGAGCCAGAGGUCUUGCCGAAGCCUUAGGAUCAGAAUCACCAUCAACUUACGUUGCAUAUCAGGUGUUGGACUUUCCUCCUCAAUCUACAAAUGUCAUGUCAGUUAACAGUAACCCUGAAUACAAUCAUACUCAGGUCUUCAACCUUCCAAAUACGGAAGGAGUACAUCAAUACUUGAAGGAGAGCGUAAGUUUUUUAGGGUUUUUUGAAUGAGCAAGGGAAAUUUUGAAGUUUCUGCAAAGGCCGGAGUAAAAUUUGAUGUAAAUUUUUAGAGAAAGCAAAGUUACGCUUAGAAAUUAAAAAAAAAUUUAAAAAUAUUGUAAAAAAAAUAAUUUAGUCAAUUACCUUGUUCGUGGUACAAGAUCCGAGCACUAUAAAGAGUAAAGCAUUUAAUGGUACUCUCAAAGCUGACAUACGCCUCUUCCCGUUGGCCAGAAAUCACAGAAUUAACAAAAGUUUCGUGCUACACUUGGUAUGUUAUACUAAAGGCUUUUUAACAUAGAGAAUAAGACGUAUUCUGAUUAUAUUGACGGGGACUAUAUGUCUUGAACUAAAAAAGCUUUAUCAUUUGAAUGCCAUAAAUAUUACUGUAGUAAAAAUUGGUUUUUAAAAUUGCUUUGUAUAAUAUUAUAAUAAUGGCUUACUAAGAUAACUAUACUGACGCUUUAGACAAAUGGAGAGCCGACAGAAGCUACAGUAGAGGUCAGCAUCUACUGGGAAUACGACUAUAAGUAUCAUUCUGCAGAAGUAAGAUUUUCAAAUUUUAUUUUUAUUUCUAAGGAUUUUAUGUAUAACUGACAUCCAAAAAUCAAAUUUUAUCAUUGACUAUUUUUUCUUUUCAGGUUUUCCAAGAAUCAGCUUCAAAAAUAAUCAAAGAAAUCGAUGGCCAUGACUCAAUUCAGCCUACCAUAACAUCAGAAAAGCCAUUGGAACUUAAAUCAAUACAGAACACCAAGCAAGAUGAUCAAAAACCGAUUGAAAAAGAUUCAGAAAAGCUACCAGAUGCCAACAUUCCAAGAGAUAUGGGUAAUCACAUUGCUUCGGAAUCCUCUUCUAGUAGCAGUUCAGACGAAGGAAUAAUUUUGACUGCUGGACCGCCUCAAAAACUAGAAUCUACGGAAUCACGGCCUGAAAUUAUAAAUCCAGACAACUCUGAUUCCGAAGUUGUUGUGCUGGAAUCACCAAAAGAAGGCAGGGAAGAUGGAGAAGGUAGAUCCAGACAAGGUGUUGAUGAUGGAGUUAAACAAGGUUUUACCGAUGAUAAGUUAAUAAAACAGGACAGCAAAGCAAGAAAGGAUGUUGAUAAUGACCAUAGAAGAAGAGAUGUCGAUAUCGUUGACAGAGGAAGCUCUAAAGUCAAAGGAGAACAGUUUAGAGGAAGAAAUUUGAAUCUAAAAACGUCAGAAGAAUCGCUACAACAAAGAGAAACAGAAGAAUCAUUAAGGAAUGAUGGCCAUCGAGUAGUCACUGAAGUUUUCCGAGGGAGAAGAAUAGAAUCAGAAGCCAGAACUGACGAAAAUCAACCAAAACCUGCUGCUCGACCUCAAGCAGCACCUCGAACACAGCCGCGACGUCUUGAUGGCGUAGAUCCAAUCGAACUGAAUCGUCGCUUAUCUCUGGAGAUCAAAAAUAGUCGAACAUCGGAUAAAAGCGAUUCAGAAGACUCGGUUCAAAGCGACGGAACGUAUGUAGCCGAGGAAAAAGAGCCGAGAAUCACAGAAUUGGGAGAAGAGAUUGAGGUUGAGGAUGAGAGUGAGGAAGAGAGCGAACGAGAGUCAAGACAAAGCGAAGAGACGGAAAAGAAAGAGGCUGCUGGGCCGAGGAUCGUGGAAUUCACGGAACCGCUUCAUUUUUCCAUUCCACGUAGGUUUCUGGGGACGAGCUUCAGAAGCUGUUUAGAGAAUACUGUUGUAUAGCCAAAGUCUCAGGUUUAGACAAAUGAUUAUGCCACAAAAUAAAGCUUUAGGCUAAUAAUCUGGCCAAGUUUAGUAGAUUUUAAAGGAAAGUGAAGUCAAAACUAUAAAAAGUGUCAGACAACAUUAAAUAACCCCUAUACCUAUAUUAUAAUUCAAAUUUUAGCCAGUGAUACCUCAAGUUUCGCGGAGAAUAGCGCCAGAUCGUUGGACGGAAAGCCUCACCGGCGGCAUGUUCAGAAGAAUCAACCUACCUUGUCAUUGCCUUCAGGGCCUUCUAAUUUAAGAAUAGUCAAUGUUACGGUAAGCUGAAAAAAAAGGUAUAAAAGACAAAAACGUUUGUCUGAGACAGGGCUAGGUUGAGACUUGGGUAGAGCUAUCAAAGCUAGGUUAAGCCUCGGCUAGGGUUAUCAUAAGGUUGGAUCAAGGCCUGAGCAAAGCUGUCUAAUCUCUUUUUUUGGUCAAGAAAACCAAAUUUUCUCACUUUUUGUGGGUAACAUCGCUCUCUUAACCCUAAUUUCAUUGUCCUAAUACUCAAACAAAAUUUUUAAUGCUAAUUUCUAUAUUUUUAAGCAAAAUCUGGAGAACCCGGACGAAAUUCCCCCUGGCGCCACAGUAGAACUGAAAGUAUUGGGUUUGCGAGCGAUGGAACGAUCGUCACUGUUGUCCAGCGACUAUGACCAUACCAUGAUCUUCAUUGAGUGGAACUUCCUCGACUUUGACAGAGAACAAUGUCAGACCGAGAGUAGUAUUGAGAUACCGAGAAAUCCGAGACAAGUUGCCAAUUUCAACGCGAUUCAUUCGUACGAAUUGGAUUGGAGAAGAAUCGCGUUACUGAAGCAAUGGAUGACAUUAAGCAUACGGUAAGGCGAGGUUUUGAAAUGACAAACGAUUGGUGACAUAUUCCCAGUGGCAGGUGCGGUGGUAAUUAAUCAAAAUUGAAGUUAAAUAUUAAAUUAGAAUUUGAAUAAUUUUAAAAUUGAUAUUCCAAUGAAAUUCUACACUUACACAACUCUUUGAAAACCAUUUUAGAAUGAAGUUCACGAUGGUUGUGGAGAACAACGAACAAGAAGAAGUGGAAGACCUAGGUGAAGGUUACUUGGACCUCGACGAAGUUGUGAAUGUGAAGAAACAGACAAUAACGUGUAAGUAAUCUAUCACAAUAUAAUUUCAAAAGAUAAAACUAUACGUUUUAAGCUUAAAAUUGAACAUUGUGUCAUUCUAAAUCUAGAAAUGAAACACAAAAGUCUCUAUUUUCAAAAACAAUUCAAAUAAUGUCACCUAUUUCAGUAUACGACGUGGACAUGAUACCGUUGGCACUGUUGGAUAUCGAGAUAAAUUAUGCCGAGGCUUUGCUAAGACAUUUUGAGCAAAUUGAAUGA